AUGGGGAACAUGUGGAGGAAGGGCCAGGACACCUUUCCUGCCACCACCUCGCAGGUGCUGGACUUCGAUGAGAAGACGAUGCAGAAAGCGCGGAGGAGACAGUGGGACGAGCCGCGGGUCUGCGCGCGGCGGUACCUGAAGGUGGACUUCGCAGACAUUGGGUGGAAUGAAUGGGUAAUCUCCCCCAAGUUCUUUGACGCCUACUACUGUGCAGGAGCCUGUGAAUUCCCAAUGCCCAAGAUUGUCCGCCCAUCCAACCACGCCACCAUCCAGAGCAUCGUCAGGGCUGUGGGCAUCAUCCCAGGCAUCCCAGAGCCCUGCUGUGUUCCAGACAAGAUGAAUUCGCUCGGGGUCCUCUUCCUAGAUGAGAACCGGAACGUGGUUCUGAAGGUAUACCCCAACAUGUCUGUGGAGACGUGUGCCUGCCGGUAAGCCCUCACCAGGGAAAGUAGUCUCAUGCCCCCUUGCCUAGCAGUGCCUUCAGGAGCUGGACCUGGACUGGCAGAGCAGCUGCAGGUGCAGGGCGGAGCUUGCAGGCAACCCUGCUGGGCCCAGAAAGAUCUUGGGUCUUCACUGCUGGUGACUGAGCCCCCUGAAUGCUUCCUGAGUCCCCACCUGGAAGGAGUCUGGAAGUAGUCCUGGCCUAAAGGUCACUCAUUGACCCACUGUCCUCAAGACCUGGCGACAGAGCGUGUCGGGGCAUUGGUCUGCGCUCAUCAUCUCAACACCUGGGAGGACUGUGCACAUCUGGGGGUGCUCACUCCCCCGUGUAGAAAGAACAGCUCUUUGGAUGCUCAGUUUAAAACUCUUUGGGCUACAAACUGGAAAAAGGGCCCAGUCAUGGCAAGUUUGGGUGUUUUCUUCUCCACUCCAACGCAGACACUUUUCUACAUACAGUAUGCACAUAUAACAGUUGUGACUUUCUUUCUUUUAAUAUUUUAAAGCAAAAAGGCAGGAGUUGACAUCAUUCCCCGAAGAGAUAAUCAGGCCGGUUAGGUUGGCUUGUUGAAAUGCAUAUGGAAGUAACAUAUACACUAAUAUGUUGGAAUACUAAAAAAUAACCAAGAUUUUUAUAUUUUUGUAAAUUAUACUUUGUAUACUGUAGAUUAUGUAUGUUCUGUUUUUAUGGAAGGCUAAUAAACUAAAGGGACAGUGGUAUCUUGACAAA